CGUCGGAACGCGUACACAAUCGAGUAAUUUUGUGCGAAAUAAAUUCUCCAACAUUUCCAAAUAAUUAAUGACUGUUAUGUGCUAAAUUUAAACUUAAAAUUUAAAUAAAAUGGCAAUUUUCAUGACAACAAUAUUAACAGAAUCAAAUAUGUUUCUGACAAUUUUAGCGCUUUUCCUAAUAUAUCUGUGGUUUCGACGAAAAUUUUCUUACUGGAGCAGGAGAGGUGUCAUUGGCCCGGAACCUGUGUUCCCUUUUGGCAACAUUAAGGAAGUGAUCAGACGAAAGACUCAGUUUUUCCAACCGUACUGUGACAACUACUUCAAAUAUAAACAUCUGCCUUACAUUGGGAUGUACUCUUUUUAUAGACCUGUCUUGUGCAUUAAUGAUUUAGAAAUUGCUAAACUAUUACUCAUAAAGGAUUUUGAUAAUUUCCAAUCGCAUGGAAUAUUUUCUGGAGGUGAUGGAGACCCGUUAGCCGGUCAUUUAUUUAAUUUAUCCGGAAGUGCGUGGAAAAACUUGCGUUUGAAGAUGUCUCCUACAUUCACUAUAGGUAAACUAAAGAGUAUGUAUCCUUUAGUAGAGAAGGUGGCAAAUAGUGCUGUGAAAUACUUGGAAGAGAAAAGUUCUGCCGGAGCUUCGAUAAAUUAUUCCGAAUUUGCUGAAAAGUACACUAUGGAGAUAAUUGGCAGUGUCGGUUUUGGAGUAGAAUGCAAUGGAUUCAACAAUCCAAAUUCAGAUUUUUAUAAGAAUGGUCAUGCAUAUUUCGAACCAAAAUCUUGGUAUUGGACAUUGACUCGCGCAUUAGCAUUUUUUGUACCAGAUCUGUUCAACAUAUCAAAGAUGAAGCGAAUUGACCCAGAUAUAAUAAACUUUUUCUACAGCCUUGUUAAGGAGACUGUUGAAUACAGAGAGAACCAUUGUUACAAGAGAAAUGACUUUUUGCAAACACUUAUCGAGUUAAAGAACGGAAAAGUUGAAGACGAAACAGUCGAAACAAAACAACGGUUCACGUUUACAAUGCGAGACGUGGCAGCAAAUACAAUGCUGUACAUGUUUGCCGGCUACGAAACUUCGGCCACGACGGGUCAAUUGGCCGUUUACGAGAUGGCGAGACAUCCAGAGUUGCAACAAAGAGCCAGAGACGAGGUGAACAAAGUCCUUGCCAAGUACGGUGGACAGUGUUGUUACGAAGCUCAGAAUGAAAUGAUUUACUUAAACAUGGUAUUAGAUGAAACAAUGCGGAAAUACCCACCAAUGCGUUCGUUAUUUCGAGAGUGUACCAAAGGGUACGAACUGAGCGAUGGACUAGUAAUAGAAAAGGGUACUCUGGUGUUAAUACCGGUACAGGCUAUACAAAUGGACCCGGAUCUGUAUCCUGACCCAGAAAGAUUCGAUCCAGAGAGGUUCUCGCCGGAGAAAAAGGCGAAACUACAUCCUUGCCAGUGGAUGCCUUUUGGCGAGGGACCAAGGAAAUGCAUAGGUCUCCGACAAGGCUACAUCCAGUCGAAGAUGGCGUUGGUCAAGUUGUUACCUAAGUACCAAUUCAUUUUAGAUCCCCGGACGCCGGUACCGGGGAGAUUUAGUCCGUCUUCCAUGACCUGUGCAAUGGAAGGAGGUAUUUGGAUUAAGUUACAAAGACUGUAAAACUAAAGUUACGUGCUUGUGAAUACUUCUCAAUCAAAAAUAGUAGAUUAAAAUAUUGUUAUUGAAAUAUAAUAUUAUUUGCACAAUAAAGAGCUUUAAAGGCCUUGAGUAAACUACCUGAGCGUUUGCACACU